CUGAAAAACCAAUUAGGAUACAUAGAAAAUUACAUGUGCAAUAAAUUAGCCAGGCUAUAUAGAAAAAAUUCUGCUCAUCAGUUGAAUGGCGAAUUUGUCAACUUAAAAACAAAUUGGAAAUGAUACUGUACUGGUUCAUGAUUUCUUAUAUCAAAACUAUUUGAAGAAAUGCCAGAUUGUGAAUGCAUUAAUGCCAAUUAUUCGCAUACCUCUUCAAGAAGGACUAAUGUUGAAUGCUAGAAACCAGAAGAUCCAAGUUAAGAUUAAUUUCAUACAGCAUCCAUACAACUUACAUACAUACCUACAUACGUGAUCGAUAGUGAGAAAAAUAUAUUUACCAUUUCAAACCUUGUAUGCGUAAUUCCCAAUAAAUCUGUUCAUCAAUAUUUACCGUGACUAAUUUAUUUCUAUCCUUGCAAUAAACAUUGAUGUGAAUAAUUUAUGGAUAUUCGCUUGGACGUUUUUUUGUAUAAUAAUUACUCAUUUGCAUAGCUUCAUUCCAGGUGAACAAUAUCGAAAUGUCGGAUUGGAUUAGCAAUCGCGAAAUUGAUAAAGAUUUAAUUUUGUUAAGAUGAAGCCUACAAGUUCAGUUAGGAUUUUACAUUUUUGGAUUUUAUAUCUCAGCAGUAACGUCUCAAUUCCUGCAUGGGCUGAGCCACAGCAUCUCAAGACAUCUGGAAUUAGACCAACAAAUCUGCAACAUCCUGGAAACAGAUUGCAUAUUUUGCCAUUACUACUCUGGUCGAAACGUCCAUCAUCAGGGGACGACAAGAGGACUACAAAAAUUCCAAGCAACUUCACGAUUCUGCCUCCAGAAGAUCCUUCUGUAUCAAGAUAUCGUGAAUAUCUCCGAACAAACACAUCUCACCCCAACCCAAACUAUGACACUGCUGUGGCCUGGAUAAAAGAACAGGCUCAAGCUAUUGGAAUAGAAUACAAAAAAAUUGACUUUGAUCCCCCGGGUUUGUUUAUCAUUCGUUUAAAAUGGCCAGGAUCCGAUCCAAUGGAACGGUCAUCGCUGCUGUUAAAUUCUCACAUUGACGUGGUACCAGUUGAUUCUUCCAAGUGGACCUAUGAUGCAUUUGCCGCCGUGAAGGAUGACAAGGGAAAUAUAUACGGACGUGGUGCACAAGAUCGGAAGUCACAGGGUGCACAGUAUCUCGAAGCAAUUCGGAGACUAAAGAUGCGGGGAUUUUCACCACGGCGUACGGUUUAUGUCACAUUUGUUCCUGAUGAGGAAGUUGGUGGUGAUCGUGGAAUGGCGACUUUUCUGAAAGCUUCGGAAUUCAUGGACAUGAAUGUUUCUCUAGCACUUGAUGAAGGUGCUGCUACAAUGGAUGAUGUAUACCCCAUUUUCUAUGGGGAAAGAUCGGUUUUUCGGGUUCGGAUAACUGCAACCGGUCGUUCAUCACACACGGCGAUGAUGCUGAAGGAUAAUGCAGCCACCAAAUUAAACAAAGCUCUUGGACUGCUCUUUGUUUUCCGAGAUGAACAGAUUAAUGCGUCAAAUCCUGAUGGGAACAUUGAAAAUGUGACUUCAAUUAACCUAUCACAGAUCGGAGGUGGCACCUCUCCCAACGCAGUACCCUCCGAAAUUUGGGCAAUUGUGGACAUGCGAUUGCGACUUCGACCAACUUGGACAUUCUCAAAUUUGACCAAUUUAUUAGACUCCAUUUGCAAUCAGUCUGGCAAUGGUGUGAGCUACAAAGUGUUGCUUAAUCUCGAGAUUAAAGAAGAGUCGAGCUUAAGCGAGUCAGAUUUCUGGUGGAGAACGAUCCGUAAAAGUUUUGAUGAAAUGGGAUGGAAAAUGAAACCACAAAUAUUUGCUGGAGCCUCCGACGCAAGACAUUUGAGAAAAGCUGGAAUUCAAGCUUAUGGAUUUUCUCCCCUGUUAUUUACAGAGCAGUUGGGCCAUCAAGAUAAUGAAUUUUUGAAUGAAAAUACGUUUCUCAAUGGUAUUACAGUUUAUGAAAAGCUCAUCCCAAAAUUGGCGAAUGCUCGAGAAUAAAAUGUCACACCAAGUAUUUAUUCAAAUUGUAAGUACCAAGUUAGUUAAUCACUUGUUCACUAGUGACAAUUUCUCAAGUCUUGACCAGCUUUAUUCAUUAAAAUAUACUACGUCGUAGAUAAAUUAUUAUCUUUCAGUCGUCUUUCAUCGUAUACGCAAAUUCUUACUACUUGCUAUACCGAUAAAUACAUAUCUAUGUACAAGUAACACCCUAUGAAAAUAAGUAUAUAAAUGUAUGUAGGUCAAACCCACCUACUUCUGGAUUUGCUUGAUUUGAAUUGAUAUAAAUAAAUCAACCCUGCAUAACACUCA